CGAGCGCACCAUGUUGGUGAAUCAUACCUGAGCACCGUCACCAUCUCACACCGAGCGCUUAUACCCCACCAUGUGAUGAAGUCAUGGAUUCCUUUUGGUGCUAUUGAAGAUCAACCUGCAGUGAGGGAUCAACAUUCAAACAUGGAGAAUCACACAACGAAUGUUCACAAUGUCACCUUCUUUGUAAAUAUGACUGGAAUGCCUCUGAACCCCGUGGAAGAGCAAGUCAUAACCAUAUUUCUCACAAUCCUCAUCUGUGGAGUUGGGAUUGCUGGGAACGUCAUGGUGGUGCUGGUGGUGCUACGUACCAAACACAUGGUGACUCCAACUAACUGCUACCUCGUCAGUCUGGCGGUGGCUGACCUCAUUGUUCUUCUGGCUGCUGGUCUUCCCAACAUCUCCGAUGUGGUAGCCUUCUGGAUUUACGGCUACACCGGAUGCUUGUGUAUCACAUAUCUGCAGUACCUGGGCAUUAAUGUGUCUUCUUGCUCCAUCACUGCCUUCACCAUUGAACGAUACAUCGCCAUUUGUCACUCCAUAAAGGCUCAGUUCCUGUGCACCGUUUCCAGGGCCAAGAGGAUCAUAGCCGGAGUGUGGGUCUUCACAUCACUCUAUUGCAUUAUGUGGUUCUUUCUGGUAGACACCAAUGAAACCGUCUACACCAAUGGAGUGGUGGUUACCUGUGGCUACCGUGUCUCCAGGAGCCUCUACAUGCCGAUCUACUUCCUGGACUUUACUCUGUUCUACGUGAUCCCCCUCAUGGUGGCAACCGUGCUGUACGGUCUCAUUGCCAGGAUUCUCUUCAUGAGCCCUUUGCCGUCGCAUCUCAGCGAUAAAGCCAUGGCGGGGUCGGUUCACCAAGGUCACUCCAGCAAGAAUAAGAAGAGUCACAAAGGAGCAGUCUCUGCAAGGAAGCAGAUAACCAAGAUGCUGGCAGUGGUGGUCGUCCUCUUCGCUCUACUAUGGAUGCCGUACCGCACCCUUGUGGUGGUCAAUUCCGUCAUCGAGCCGCCAUACAACAACACGUGGUUCCUGCUCUUCUGCAGAAUGUGCAUCUACACCAACAGCGCCAUUAAUCCCAUCAUUUACAACCUCAUGUCCCAGAAGUUCAGAGCCUCCUUCAAGAAGCUUUAUAAGUGCGCCUGGCGGCAAAAAGGGGAAGCGAAGGAGUACAACGUGCCCGUGUAUUACAGCGUGAUGAAGGAUUCCUGCCAGGAGAGCAAUGAGCUGGUCACAGAACAAGAGGAGGUCAACGGCCGCACCGUCAAGAAGUUAAAUUCAACAGAUGAUGAUCCUAGCUCCUGUGAUGUGUAAUCCUAAUAUGGUCACAUGAUCCAAUCAAACAACGGUAAAAAGCAUUAGCGUACAUAAAACAAACAUUGUGUUCAUGUAUUUUAUUAUAAAUAUGUAUAUCAUUACAGUGUAUAUUCUGUGCUCAAUAUGACACUGAAUAGUAUUAUCAUGGAAAUGAAUCCUAACGAAGCAAUUGUC